GUCGACACAGACAGUUCAACACAACAAUACCCUCCUCUGUUCCACUCUGCCACCAAUUUGCCGUCAUUUAUCAAGACCUUUUGGAGCCUGUCUAACGCCAUUCGCUGCCCUGAGCGUUAUAGGCGCGGUAUUGUGGACUACGCACUUAUCAGUCCUCGAAUUUCUAUAGAGCGUGCACCCCUGGAUAAAUUAAACAACCUUACGGUCUCAUCUGUCCACCCUUCCGCUUUUAUAUACCUUAGCAGUGGGCGUCGCUUUGCCUUCGGUAUUUUCCAAAUCUAUCUUUUCUUCAGUUGUUCCGGUUGA